AUAAAUGAUGGUUUUCGACAAUAUUUUGAAAUCUGGUUUAAUACGGUUCCUUGUGUCAUCAUAUUUAAGGUUUAUCCAGAUUGGAGGAUGAGCCAGAUGUUUGUGGUUGAACGGCAUCAGCGGGCUUUGGAGUAUGAUCAAACGCCCAGGCGUCCGAUUACAACGUUUGUGCACACUCCACAUGACAUUAAUGACGCGUUUUACGACCAAACUUACGACAAGGCCGCAGCCUUCUUGCGAAUGUUGAAAUACACUACCAACGACACUAUAUUCCAACAGUCGUUGGUCCGAUAUUUGAAACAGAACAAGUACGUGUCGGCGGAUCCCGAUGUGUUAUUUGCGGCAUUCGAGUACACCGUUUCCAAAUAUCAAUUUAAUUUUGGACAAAACGUCACAGUCACCGAAUUCAUGAAACAGUGGACAGAACAGUCCGGAUACCCAAUGAUUAAUGUAGUUAAAGUUAACGACGAGUUUAUAGUAACUCAAGAAAAGUGCCUAAUGGACACUCCCGAUAAGAUAACUGAUUCAACUAGAUGGUACAUAGGAAUCACUUAUACGACAGAGUCGAGUAAAAAUUUCGAAAACUCGUUGGCCACAUGGUGUAAGCCGAAUGUGGACAAAUGUGUUUUGUCGGCCCCAAAAAACUACGGGUGGUUUAUAUUCAAUCUACAGUCCACUGGGUUUUACAGGGUUAAUUACGAUAAUGAUAAUUGGUCAUCAUUGAUUAGACAAUUGAAAGAAACGCCAAAUGAAAUUCACGUACUCAAUCGUGCUCAGCUAAUUGACGAUUCUUUCUACUUAGCAAGAGCAGAUAAAUUACAUUAUUCAGUUCCAUUGAGAAUAUCAUCAUAUUUAAAAAUAGAAGAUGACGUGUUACCUUGGUAUUCUGUAAUUAACGGAUAUUCAUAUCUAAUAGAGCGUAUGAGGCGUAAUGAUACAGAAUAUACAGAUUUAAGGGAAUGCGUUAGUAAUUUGGCAGGUAUCAUUUAUAAAAAAAUCAAAGAUCAAGUAGUUGAGAAAAAAAACACAGAACAUAUAAUUCUCACCAGCUGGAAUACAUUUUCAGUAUGGGCAUGUCAAUUGAGUAAUGAGAUGUGCAUACAAUCGGCAUUUGAUUACUAUACAAGAUGGCAAAAUGGAGAAAAAAUACCCUCAGAUAUUAGAGACGCUGCAUUCUGUGUUGGUGUACAUAUAACAAAUACCACCACCUCGUGGGAACAAAUGUUUGAUUUGUAUAAAACAACAAGAUCACCCUCCGAAAAACAGUCAGCACAAACAGCAUUAGCAUGCACAGAGGACGAUACCCUUUUGUCUAGAUAUUUAAAUUAUAUUUUUGAGACUGAAGAUGGACCUAUUAGAAAACAAGAUUAUAAAGAUGUUUUUAAAGCAGUAUCCACCACGGCGAGAGGACUUGAUGUCUUAAUAGAUUUUUUGGUGCAAAAUUUAAAUGAAAUUAUAAACAAACUAACUGAUGGAGAGAACAUUGCAAUAUUUAUUUACUCAAUAUGUACAUCAAAAGCAGCUCUUGAUUCCGAAAUCAAUAAAUUAAAACAAUUAAAAGAUGAUCCAAAAACACCAGAAAACCUCAGGAAAGCAUUCAAUAAAUGUUACAAUCAAUAG